GGUCUCUACAAGCCCAAUUAAAUUAUAUUUAUAUACAUACUGAUUGUUAAAACUUUUGUGUUUCGGUACACGAGGAAUUAGGCAAAUCAUAAGACUUAUCCUUGCCGCUAGCUAUACGAACCAACAUCAACAUCUCUGCAACAAAGCAGUCUUAGACUUUGCGGAUUCGAUGAAUGUCGGGAGUGCUAUGCUUCUUGCACUCGUGUUGUCUUUUGCUUUUGCAGCUGUGUUACAGUGCCAUAAAAUAAUGGACUACUUUAAAUUUUCAUUUAACUCGAACCAGGUUAGUCGCCUUUUUCUUUUACCAUUAAUAAGACAAUUGUAAAUAAAUUGCGUUAAUAUCUGUGUGUUAACUGAAGAGAUGUCAAAAUGUCGACGACCUUUUAGUAUUCGCUAAGCAUACUUUACCCUACAUUCUAAAAGGAAUGGGUAACAAAUGAGAUGAGUCAUCCGCCAGGACUUUUAGAAAGACUAUCCCCCAGGCCCGCAGGAUGCCCGUUAAUCCAUUUGGGACACAAUUCAUCGCCUGCUUGCGACCAAGAAUCUCAUGCGACGAGUCAUUCGCAUAACGUAGAAUAUGUUUAUGACUACCACUCGCAGUACAUGGCGAUGUACAACACCAACACCCCAGAAAAAAGAAAAAACCAUCUAAGCUUAGAAAAUGAUUAUUUGCAUAAGGGAUCAUCCGAGUGCGACUAUCUGCAAACCCAAAUUUACCAACAACACGCUUACCUAAAUAAUGGCGGGGACCAAAAUUCUAACAGCGGGGAGAACCUGAGGCACUCAACGCUUGUAAAUUCGUUUCAGAAGCAAAAUUCCUUGGAUCUGUCAUCUUUGUCCUUUGACCAGAGUUACUGGGAGCACGAAAAUUAUAAUAAGCAGGAAAUGAACCCAUCCAAUUCCAGUCCUGAAUAUUUUAGAUCGCCAACUAAUCAAGAGAGUGAGUCGAAUUACCUGCUAGAUAAUUUUGCAAAGCUUGGAAAGUCGAGUCCCAGUUUAGAUCAGGGGUACCACACUUUAGUGUCGCCUAGUCCUGGUCCAAUAACACCUAGUCUGUGGAGUGAAGGUAACGUCUAUCGCGGGAAGAAGUUCCAGACCAAGAAUAAUUCGUUUGAUAGAUUGCCCGAUAAACUUGUUAUCCGAAUAUUUAGUUUUCUUCCAAGUUUAGAUUUAAGUGUUUGCGCCAGAGUUUGUAGACGAUUUGAAAUUCUGUCUUGGACACCAUCGUUAUGGCGAACAAUUACUCUGCAAGGGGAAACAAUUAGUGGGGAUCGUGCCAUACGCGGAGUUUUGCGACAGUUGUGUGGUCAGGGAAGAACUGGAGCUUGUCCCAGUGUAGAACGAGUGCAUUUAACGGAUGGCGCUAAGUUAACCGACCGGGGAUUGAUGCUAUUAGCGAGAAGAUGUCCCGAAUUAACUCAUCUCCAAGUUCAAGGCAGCACGACUGUUUCAAACAAUGCCCUAUUCGAAAUUGCCACCAGGUGCCAUAACUUACAGCACUUAGACGUUACCGGAUGCACGCAAAUAUCUUGUAUCAGUGUAAUUCCCGGACCUGAACCUCCCAGACGAUUGCAAUUGCAAUAUUUGGAUUUAACUGACUGUCCCGCAUUACAAGACUGCGGGCUGAGAGUUAUUGUUCGGAAUUGUCCACAGUUAGCCUACUUGUAUCUUCGUAGAUGUGUUCAAAUUACAGAUGCCGGAUUAAAGUUUGUGCCAAGUUUUUGCUCAGGUUUAAGGGAACUUAGUGUUAGUGACUGUUCGAACAUAACAGAUUUUGGAUUAUAUGAACUUGCAAAGUUGGGUGCUACAUUGAGGUAUCUUUCAGUCGCUAAAUGCGACCAAGUCAGCGAUGCCGGAUUAAAGGUGGUCGCAAAAAGGUGCUACAAGCUAAGGUAUUUAAACGUUAGGGGAUGUGAAGCGGUUUCAGAUGAUGCCAUAACAGUUUUAGCAAGAUCCUGUACGCGAUUGCGUGCCUUAGAUAUUGGUAAAUGUGAUGUUAGUGAUGCAGGGCUGAGAGCUUUAGCAGAAAGCUGUCCAAAUUUGAAAAAGUUAAGUUUAAGAAAUUGUGAUUUAGUAACUGAUAGGGGUGUACAAUGUAUAGCAUAUUAUUGUAGAGGUUUACAACAAUUAAACAUACAAGACUGCCAAAUAUCUUUGGAAGGCUAUCGCGCUGUCAAAAAGUAUUGUAAAAGAUGUGUUAUAGAACACACUAAUCCAGGAUUUUUCUAGUUGAGAAGUGAUUGUUUAUAUAUUUAUAUUUUAGAUAAAUUUUUUUUAUAAAUAACACGUUGUUAAGUAUUUAUUUUUGUAUAUUUGUAUAGUCUAGGUAGGCAUUACCUGUAAUUGUUUAUUUUUACAAGUGAUAAAAUCCAUAACCAAUA